CGGAAAUGUAUGCUCGAUUGUACUUUUUGCAUGUCUUAUUCAUCCGGCAUUGGGAGCCAUGAAGGACUUCAAUAUCGCCCUGUACUCCAUGUUAGCACUCCUGAUGAUCUCUAAUGUCUUUUCUCCAGUUUCAGCAGUCACUCCUGUAAAGGUGAAUCUUCAUGAAGCUGCUACUCUCCCCUGUAAUAGGAUGUGUUCUGGUCUGGUUACAUGGACUGUGUUCCAUAAAGCAGGUGACAUUCUGGCUCAGUGUAAUCAGACAUCAUGUCAGUCAAAGGAGGGAUUUCACAUGUCCCAUGAUCAGUACCUGAAGGGAGAUCUCUCCCUCACCAUCAAUGAUGUUGAUUACACUAAGAGGGCCUGGUACACCUGUGAGUGUGAAGCUGUAGACAUUUGUGAUUUGAGCAUUCAGAUUGAGUCUGUAAAUGUCCACAAACAUUUCCAUCCUGGAGAAUCUCUCAGCAUGGAUGUGAAUGUCUCAGAGCCAGUGGAGGUGAUUCUGAACAGGACUGGUGACACCAAACCAAACACUGUCAAACUGUGUGAGAUUAGGGGGCGUGAAAUUCAGUGUGUCCCUGAGUAUGAGAAGAGAGUGUCAUUCAGUUUCAGUCUGCAGCUGAAGGAUCUGGAGGAGUCUGAUUGUGGAGUUUACAACAUACGGGACACCAGGAAUGAUGAAGUCAUUGCUGCAUACUCAGUAAUAGCUGGAGGUUCAUUAAGCAGCCACCCCUGUCCCAGCUCUCCCUGGAAUGGCCUGGACUCUACAAAGGAGCCGGAUGACUCACGCUGUCGUUCCCACCUGAAAACAGUUCUACGUCAAGAGCCACAGAAUCCUGUUAUAAGAGUGAAGCUUAAUGAGAAUCCAACUCUCCCCUGCAGUCAGACGUGUUCUAGUCUGGUCACAUGGACUGUGUACCAUAAACCAGAUGACAUUCUGGCUCAGUGUAAUCAGACAUCAUGUCAGUCAAAGGAAGGUUUUCACAUGUCCCAUGAUCAGUACCUGAAGGGAGAUUUCUCCCUCACCAUCACCGAUGUUGAAUUCAAUAAGAGUGCCUGGUACACCUGCAGCUGCAGUGGUAAAACAUUAUGUGAUUGGAAUCUUCAAGUCCAUGCUUUCAGUUUUAAAGUUCAUGUCCAUCGUGGAGAAUCUCUCAGCAUGAACGUGCCCAUCUCAGUACCAGUGGAGGUGAUUCUGAACAGGACUGGUGACACCAAACCAACCACUGUCAGACUAUGUGAGAUUACGGGGCGUGAAGUUCAGUGUGUCUCUGAGUAUGGGAAGAGAGUGUCAUUCAGUUCCAGUCUGCAGCUGAAGGGUCUGAAGGAGUCUGAUAGUGGAGUGUAUACCAUACAGGACACCAGCAAUGAGGAAGUCAUUGCUACAUACACUGUCACCACAGCCACUUUUGGUGGUAUGAAGGAAGAACCUGACACACACACUGUGCUGGCAGUGGUGCUGCCACUGGUCAUACUGAUCUUACUGGUGUCUGCAGUGGUGCUGUUCCGAAAUAGAUUACAGAAUUGCUGGUCAUGUAAGAACGUUCAACCAAAUGAACUUGUACAGCAAGAGAUGAAUGAGGAAGACGACCAAUCAGAAUGUUCCAGAGAGGGAACCAGACACUCAGGAACCAUUCUUGAAUCAUGAGUCAUCAAAUAAUGAAUCACUGCUCUCUCAUCCUGAGCAUGAUUCAUCAAAUACAGAAUUGCAGUUUUCUGCAGUGAUUCUUUGUGUGUGCAAACACCAACCAUGAGACAUACGGAAGACUCACAUACAGCCACCAUAAUGGAAUAUGCAGUGGGCAUUUUCCACUGCAAAAUGAGGUUUUACAGUUUUACAUUAUAAAACUCAUUAUAUGUUUACAUUAUAAAAACCAAAUUUCUAAAACUAUGCAACCGCACUUAUAAUGGAAAUGAUAAAUCAUAAAAGAAUUAGCAUGAAAAAGUUGAUGGGGAAAAUAUAUUUUAAGAUUUAAACAUCAGCAGCUCUUUUCAUUAAUCAAUGAUGUAACAGCAGUGUAUGUGACACCGACUUACUGUUCUGCACAAUUACAAUAUAUUCAGCUGUCUUUACAAAAUAAAGUAGAAAGAUAUACAUA